GCGCGGGCUCCGGAGGCAGCGCGGAGAUCCAGCCGCUGCCUGCGCUGCACCCAAGCGGCGGCCCGCACUCGAGCUGCUGUGCGGCGGCAGCCGCCCCGAGCCUCCUGUUGCUGGACUACGAUGGCUCGGUGCUGCCUUUCCUCGGGGGCCUGGGCGGCGGCUAUCAGAAGACCCUGGUGGUGCUCACCUGGAUCCCGGCGCUGUUCAUCGGCUUCAGCCAGUUUUCGGACUCCUUCCUCCUGGACCAGCCCAACUUCUGGUGCCGCGGGGCCGGCAAAGGCACCGAACUAGCGGGUGCCACUGUCACCGGCCGGUGGGGCGACAUGGGCAAUUGGACCAGCCCCCCGGUCACCCCUUUCUCCACUGCUACCUGGGGGACCGCGAGCAACCGAAGCAACAACAGCGACACACCACCCCUCCCGUCCCCUCCAGGCAAGGGGAACAACGAUUCAAAUUGCGACUGCCACGCUUGGGACUACGGCAUCCGCACUGGCCUCGUCCAGAACGUGGUCAGCAAGUGGGAUCUUGUGUGUGAUAAUGCCUGGAAGGUCCAUAUCGCUAAAUUCUCCUUGCUGGUUGGAUUAAUCUUUGGCUACCUAAUAACUGGAUGCAUUGCUGACUGGGUUGGUCGGCGGCCCGUGCUGCUGUUUUCCAUCAUUUUCAUUCUGAUCUUUGGACUGACUGUGGCACUGUCGGUGAAUGUGACAAUGUUCAGCACACUCAGGUUCUUUGAAGGAUUCUGCCUGGCUGGAAUCAUCCUCACCCUGUUUGCGUUACGAAUAGAACUGUGCCCUCCAGGAAAACGGUUCAUGAUUACCAUGGUGGCAAGCUUCGUGGCCAUGGCAGGCCAGUUCCUCAUGCCAGGGCUGGCCGCGCUGUGCCGGGACUGGCAGGUGCUGCAGGCCCUCAUCAUCUGUCCCUUCCUGCUCAUGCUGCUCUACUGGUCGAUCUUCCCCGAGUCUCUCCGGUGGCUAAUGGCUACCCAGCAGUUUGAGUCAGCAAAGAAGUUGAUCCUGUACAUCACACAGAAGAACUGUGUAAGUCCUGAGAGUGACAUCAAGGGAGUGAUGCCGGAGCUAGAGAAAGAACUUUCACGGAGGCCCAAGAAAGUGUGCAUCGUGAAGGUGGUGGGGACGCGGAACCUGUGGAAAAAUAUCGUGGUUCUCUGUGUGAACUCGCUAACAGGGUACGGGAUUCACCACUGCUUUGCAAGAAGCAUGAUGGGCCAUGAGGUGAAGGUGCCCCUCCUGGAGAACUUCUACGCUGACUACUACACCAUGGCCAGCAUCGCGCUGGCCUCCUGCCUGGCCAUGUGUGUGGUCGUCAGGUUCCUCGGGCGCAGGGGAGGCCUGCUACUCUUUAUGAUCCUCACCGCCCUGGCCUCACUUCUGCAGCUUGGCCUCCUCAACUUGAUCGGCAAAUACAGCCAGCAUCCAGACUCAGGGAUGAGUGACAGCGUCAAAGAUAAAUUCUCCAUCGCAUUUUCUAUCGUGGGCAUGUUCGCAUCCCAUGCAGUGGGGAGCCUCAGUGUGUUCUUCUGUGCAGAGAUCACCCCCACAGUGAUAAGGUGUGGUGGGCUGGGGCUGGUGCUGGCCAGUGCAGGCUUUGGUAUGCUGACAGCGCCCAUUAUUGAGCUGCACAACCAGAAAGGCUACUUCCUGCACCACAUCAUCUUCGCUUGCUGCACGCUCAUCUGCAUUAUUUGCAUCCUCCUGCUGCCCGAGAGCAGGGACCAGAAUCUGCCCGAGAACAUCGCCAAUGGGGAGCACUACACGCGGCAGCCUUUGCUGCCACACAAGAAGGGAGAGCAGCCGCUGCUGCUCACCAACGCGGAGCUCAAGGACUACUCGGGUUUGCACGACGUGGCUGCAGUGGGGGAUGGGCUGCCGGAGGGGGCCACCGCCAAUGGCAUGAAGUCCAUGUAGCUUGCUGGGCCACACCACCAUUCCGCCAGUCCCCCCUGAGGCUCGAAGGGCUGGGGAAAGUUUGCACACGGAUUUACAGACCAGAGAGAGGACGUGUGGCUGGGGGAGGAAGUCCAUCUCUGCUGCUGACUCCGCUCCAUCGUGAGACUUCCAACUGGUGUGGGGAAUUCUGUCUUUCCAGACAUCCGAGGAACAGAUCUGAGCAAUCAGAUGUUUUGGAAAUAACCCUUUGAAGACUUUCUUUUUCUGCCAUUAAACGUUUGUAUUUAUUUUGGUCAUUUUUACGAGAAGCACUUUAUCCCCUUCCCUCUCGCUGAUCAUGAAGUGGAACCUUCUUCAGGAGUGAGGCAGGGUCACUCUGAGGAAGACCCUGGAAGUGACCAAUGCAGUAGCCAGUCCCCUCUCUGGAGGCCAGCCUCAAUUUCCUUCUCCACUCAAGGAGACAGAGGUCAUCUGUAGGCCAGGACCCCUACCUCCAGGCUUGCUGCCGUGGACAGCUGUGCCUCUCAAGUGGAGCAUUCUUGGGACUGCAUUUUAGACAGAGGAAAAUGUACAUGUAUUGGGUCUUUUUCUAUAGUCUGUAUAUUUUAAAGUUGGGUUUUUUCCUUUCUGUUUGUAAGGUCGUUUCCACCCCGUGUGUUGGGAAGCAGCCCCCAGAGGGUCAUAGGAGCCAGCGCCAUCUUUCUUUCCUUCAGGAUCAUCCUUUUGUACUUGAUCUGGAAGUUUUUGUGGGGAAACUUCCGUACUGCACCAGAAACCCUACGUGAUGAGAAAGCACCCAUUUCCUGAUACUGGGUUUGCUUAGUUAAGUCCACAGUAGCUGUUGUGUCUGAGAUGUCUGUUUCUAUUAAGACACUUUCCCAGACUGAGUUCCAGCAGCAAAGGUCUCUCUUCCCCAGUCAGCUCUGUUGCCGGCACUACUUGAAAAUGUGGUUACUUUCAGAACUCCAAACAACAGGAAAAUAACCGAAAAAAGAUGACUAAGGCAAAUCCCAGGAGGGAGCCUUGCUCUCCCCCACAUGGCCGCCACCCACAUCUCCAGCACACACCAUAGAGAGCUCCAGCUUGGAUGGCUGUCACUCUGACAUCACAACAGUGCCCACGGCACCUGGAGGCGGUCCACCUCAUGUCUUCCUCAAUAGCUUCCUGCCUGUCACUCACUCAGCACAAAAGGGUCCUGGGCAGGAGUGCAGGUUGCUCACAGGUGAGGCCACAUGGCCUCUAGUCCUUGAAAGCAGCAAGAAGAGAAAGCAAUAACUCACCAAAGCUCAACUCCAUCCUGUGCCAGCCUCCAAGGAUGUCCCUUACCCGUGUCCCUCAUCCAGCCCGAGACAGCAGGGCCCCAGGGCUGCUGAGAAACCAGCCUCUGGACCUCUUGCAGCAGCUCAGGUGCCAGCCUCUCUGGGCACCGUGGCUUCUUAUCAACCAUCUGCCUUGCCUCUUGCCAUGCGUCUCUACCAUGUGUUCUUCCAGGGAAAUCACGGUCUUGGGCCUAUGUGGGCAACUACGUGACUUCUAAGUGGCAGUUGCUCAAAUUCAAAAGCUAGAAAAGGGUUGAGUUUAUCCCCUCCCAGCUCCUUGUCUGGUCUAUUUCUUACAGUCUCCCCUGCUUCUCUGCCCCAUUUGAUAGAUACAUCAGCAGAAGCCAGCUGCCUUGAUCAAAACCUCAUGAGGGUAGAGCUGGGAUGUGCAGCCAUGUUUCCAGUAGCUGGCCUAUGUUCUCUUCCAUGCCUGGGGUCCUGAGUGCUUUGCUUGAGGACCAAUGUCUAGGAAGGAAGUUGUGUGGCCAGUCCCUGAUACCUGCUCCCAGUCCAUCUUUCCUUUACCUCCCUGGUCUCUUAGUCACCUCCCUUCCAUGCCUUGAUGUCAGUACACAUCCUCUCUCCAAAGCCUCUCUACAUCUGUGCAGCCUUUGCGUGCCAAACUUGUAAGAUACCUUUCACCCUGCCCAGGGUACCUGCUACCAAGUCACCUGGCAGCAAACUCUUGUUAAUAGAGAAUGAGACAUGCGCAUAGCCGAGAACAGUCUUCCACUGGUUGUGCUGUCCUUCUCAAGAGCUUUGCUAAAACCACCAGGGAGGUGAUGUCAAGGUACAGCACUUCCAAACUUCUUGUCCAAGUCUCCAAUCUCCACCUCAAACGACAAUGGUAAAAACACUGGGCCAACGCAGUGUUAAUGGCUACAGCAAUCAGAGGCAACCUAUCAGGGAUCAUCAGGGAAGCUACCAUUGAGGCAGGGGCCAAGGGACCACCAACCAGAGAAGUUCAGAAGGCUGGCUGCUGGCUGUGUCUUGACCUUCAUGUGGCAACCUCAGGGCCCGCUGAGUAAUUCAGUUUCUGCUUCGGAGUAUGGGUACCUGAAGCUGCUGGAACACCUCAUGGGAGGCAGCCCAAACAGGAAAGUUUGCUUGUAGUUAAGCUUGUUGUGUGGUCUCAUGGAGUCAGAAAGACAGCAGGACACCCAGGCCUCAGAUACUCUGGCCUAGCUCCAUAGGAAGGUGGUCACAGCCCAACUCCCUGGUACCAAGCUGCCAUCCCUAAACUCAGUCCUGUGCUCCCGUGGGUAGUUGCUUCUCAGGCACUGGUCCUUUGUGUGGGGCUCCUCCAUCCCUGGGGCACUCUAGGGCCGUAGUCCUCUCCUCUCAUCCCUGCACCUGUUUUCAUAACUUAUGCACAAAUGUGAACACCUCAGACAGGGCUGGAACAGUUCUUCAUUUUGCUCUUUACUAAGUCAAAUACUAUGAACUAUCUAAUUAUUAGCACCCAAGGCGAAUAGGAAAAAAAGGUUUAGAUGUUUUUGUGUUUUAAGACUAUAGUCACCUACAACUGGAGGACAGGGCUGAUAAAUGGGUUUGGCUACAAAAUGGAAAGCAAGCAAAACCAGAUCUUGUAAAGGAAAUAUCACACGCAGUCAUGACUACUUCCCAGAGCCAAACAAGAAGUCCCUGAACUGGAAGUGCCAUUCAAAGAAUCUCGUGACCACGACACACCCAGCCCCUGGGUGGCACACAGGUCGAGGGAGGCCCACACUUCAACUCCUCCGUGUUCUUACGGACACCACCUCACUCUAAUAAUGUAUUGUGUGUGUUUUGGAGCAGUAUGGUGUGUUGUGUCUAGUGAGGAACGCUUCCCUACCUCUGUCCUCUGCAACCCCGCCAUGCGUGCUUUUAUCCCAAGAGCCGCAUGACUGUACGUGUUGAUGGGGGCGGUACCUGUUCAUAGCACAAGUUUAUGUUGGGCUCUGAGCUGUCAUUCACAGCUGCGUGUCUGCAUGGUGUCGCAUCUGUUGUACCUUUGGGGAAAAUUUGUAUGUAAAUGUACAGAAAUAAAAACGUUGCCCCACUAA